GUUUCCAUAUUUUUUGCUUCAAAUUUAUGUGAAUCAUUGCUUACGUGUUUGCAAUUAUUUAUUUCAGUUAUUCAUCAUGUCAUUCAAUCCGCUUAUGGUCAUUCUCAAUCAAAACAAGCUUACUGGUCCAAAUUAUUUGGACUUGAAGAGAAAUCUGGAUAUUGUCCUUGUUGCUGACGAGUACAAGUUUGUGCUCACCACUCCUGCUCAUGCUCCUUUGAGCGCCCAAUCUACUGAAGAGGAAAGGGAGGCUCAUCGGAAGUGGCAUAAGGCUGAUGAGAUGGCUCGUUGCUACAUCUUGGCAUCCAUGUUAAAUGUUCUGCAACAGCAGCAUCACACCAUGCCUACUGCUGCUGACAUGAUGUUGAGCCUCAAGGAGCUCUUUGGUGAGCAAGAUAGGGCUGCUCAGUUUGAGGCUAUGAGGAAGAUUAUAUCUUAUGUCAUGCCAGAGGGAGCUUCUGUGCGAGAGCAUGUUCUCAAGAUGAUGGAAUAUCUGAAUGAGAUAGAUGUGCUUGGAGGAAAUAUCGAUGGCGAAGCCAAGAUCGAUAUCAUCCUGCACUCGAUCCCGAAGUCCUAUGAGAACUUCCGCCUGGAUGAAAUCAUGAAUAAGAAGGGUUAUACUCUAGCCGAGCUUCUUACGGACUUGGUUGCAGCGGAGGGUCUUAUGGGAAGGGGACCACAAGCUCAUGUUUCUGUACAAGUUGGAUCUUCUUCGUCGAAAGGCGGGAAGAAGAAAAGGCAAGUGCAGAAAAAGAGUGGUGGAACCAGUGGGAGCAGUGGGAGUGGUGGGAGGAAAGCGGUAGCGCCUUCUGGUGGCGUGGUGAAGCCGAAAGGCAAGUGCUUCAAGUGCAACAAGACAGGACAUAUUGCAAUCCAAGAUGUAGAUGCAGAUUCUUGGCAAAAAUCUAUGGACUCUGAGAUUGAAUCUAUAGAUGCUAUGGAUGUAUACGACCUUAGGGACCUUCCUGAAGGCAAGAAAGCCAUUGGGUGCAAAUGGGUCUAUAGGCGUAAGAGAGGAUCUGACGGGAAUGUUAUUUCCUUCAAAGCAUGGCUGGUUGUGAAGGGUUUCACUCAGAAAGAGGGAAUCGAUUAUGAUGCGACCUUCUCACCGGUAGCCAUGCUUAAGUCGAUCCGGAUUCUCUUAUCCAUAGCAAGUCACAUGGACUAUGAGGUUUGGCAAAUGGAUGUCAAGACAGCUUUCCUUAACGGAAACUUGGAUGAAGACAUCUAUAUGCAGCAACCCGAGGGUUAUGUGAAGAAAGGCCAAGAGCAUCGAGUAUGGAAGCUAAAGAAGUCUCUUUAUGGAUUAAAACAAGCUUCUAGGUCUUGGAAUAUUCGUUUUGACGAGGUGAUCAAGUCCUAUGGAUUUGAUCAAUGUCAAGACGAAAGUUGUGUAUACAAAAAGAGCAACAGAAACGUAGUGGUAUUCUUAGUACUAUAC